GCAGAGAGAAUGAAACGAAAGUGGAUAAGCCUUGUAUGCUUUCUUCUAGUCAUUCAUUGGAAUGUUUAUGGACAAAACGCAACGUGUUCCAAAGAAUCAAAUGCAUUGGAAAGUUGUGACAGAAGCACAGUUUUGGGAAACAAUAUUCUUAUUGACUUUGGGGAGAUUAAUUAUCAAUGCACCUGUUCAAUUUCGCUUAACUUCAGUGGACAAGUAUUUUAUACUUUGGCCGCUAAUCCAGGUUAUGCUGACUGUGGGACAGCAAUAAGAAUUAUAGAUAAGUGGAACCAGGAGUUCAGAAUACCAUGUUCAAUAUCUCCUGGUGCCCUGGUUGUUCUUAACAGUUCUAGUACAGUGGAAUUAGUAAAAGUAGACCCUAAUGGACCCACAGGUUACUGCUUACGGGUGUUAACAAACGACAUUUCAAACAUUAUCACUGCAUCUUGUGGAAGUCUGGAAUCUACAAGUACAGAGUCAAAUUUGAGAAAGGAAACAUAUAUAGUUCCACGCCAAUCAACUAAUGAAGGAGGAAGCACGCAUGCAACUAGAUACGGUAAUCAAACUACAGGGAGCUUAAUAAAUACUGAAUUCAUCAGCUAUUCUCCCACUGCUAAAGAUAUUUGUGGAGGUAAUGGACAGCUUAUUGGAUUUGUAAUAUGUGCAGUGUUAGUCUUUAUAUUAUCAGGAAUUAUUAUUACUCUUGUAAUAUAUAUUGUGAGAUAUCAGAAAAGGAAAUCAACACUGAAAAAUGACAAAAACAGAACACAAGUUCCAGAAUCUCUGGUUACUCAGACGUCUCCUGGCAAUUGUCCUACUUCAACCUACACUACACUUCAUCAUGUGGAAGCUAAUGACCUCGUGGAACAGCCGUAUACUGGACUGAACAUCGUCAUUUCACCGGAAGUAAAUCAAGGUGCAUUUUCAGCACGUCCAAAUUCCGCCUACACUUCCUUGAAUCCAGAACAAGAUAAGAGUAACACAGAAAAGUUAUACACAGAUUUAACCAUUGAAAAUGUAUACUACGAAAGUAAUUAAGAUAAAUUCAGAUAACGUUAAGUUUAAUUUACAAUUUAUCUAUCGCUUCUCCAAACCACCACCAAAAAAGCAAUGAUUAACUUGCUUGUUUUGUAUGCAUCAUUUUAAAUUGAAAGAGAAAAUGAGUUAUUGCUAAUAUUGUCGGUAUUUGAGGCUUCUUUACAUGUUCCAAUGGACUUUUCAGAUUGAUUACUGUUCGUUAUCUUCAUGUUUAAUAAAAGUACGAUAAUCCUCCUAAA